AUGUCCAAAGGAAGGGUUAAUCAGAGGCGCUACAAAUAUCCUCUUCCAAUCCAUCCUAUAGAUGAUCUACCGGAUCUAAUCCUUCAUAAUCCAAUAUCUUGGGUAUAUUGGGCAUAUCGAUACUACAAGAGUACAAAUGCGUUAAACGAAAAAGUACACGUAGACUUUAUUGGAGAUAACACUAUUCAUAUAAUAGUUCAGGAUGACAAACAAAUGCUAUAUCUUUGGGACAAUGGGUUUUUUGGUACUGGCCAAUUUUCUAGAAGUGAACCUACCUGGAGGGAUAGAACAGAAGUGAGACUAGGCCUUAAUGAUAGUCCACAACAAGUCGGAAGAGGAGGCAAAAUCAAUACUGAAACACAGUUGACCCUAGAAAGGGUCACACAACAAAGAAGAGCACAAAGGUUAGAGUUCAAGAAAGAACGUGCAAGAUUAGAAAGGGAUUUACUAGAAUUAAGGAAAAAAGGUGCUCAUAUCAGUGAGGAGAAUAUUCUUUUAGAGAAGCAAAGGGAAUCAUUAAGGGAGUUUAAACUAAAACAAAUGGAAGACAUCAGCGUAGUCGGACAACAGCAGAACGCUCCCGAAAUCGACCUGAGAAAUGAGGACAACGAUCUCCUUAAUGAAAAUGGUGAUCUCUUGCAAUUGGAAUCAUUAGAGCUUAUGCCUGUAGAGGCCAUGUUUUUGACCUUUGCACUUUCUGUUCUAGAGAUAUCUUCUGCGAGCCUGACGAGAAAACUAUUCCCAUCUGACGCCAAAUAUAAAGAUAUCCAUUCUUUUGUUCGCUCCUACGUGAUAUAUCAUCAUUACAGGUCGCACGGUUGGUGCGUGCGAUCUGGCAUAAAAUUCGGCUGUGACUAUUUAUUGUAUAAGAGGGGACCACCAUUCCAACAUGCUGAAUUUUGUAUCAUGGGUCUUGACUACGACAUUUGCAAAGAUUACACGUGGUAUUCCAGCAUAGCACGUGUUGCAGGCGCUGCAAAGAAGACGUUUGUGUUGUGCUAUGUGGAAAGACUAAUAUCAGAAGAAGAGGCGAUAUCGUUAUGGAAGUCAAACAAUUUUACGAAACUGUUCAAUGGUUAUCAAAUCGGCGAAGUGCUAUAUAGGAGAUGGGUCCCCGGAAGAAAUAGGGACUAG